CAACCCCUCGUCCAAUCGAAAACUAGCUCUGAUACUACGAGAAUCGGUGUUGUGGUUACUUGUGAAUUUUCCUUGAUGUGCAAGAGCUAUAUGUUAUGAUCGCUCUUGUUUGUUAAAAAUUAACUUUUUGUUGCUGUAAUUAUAAUUACAGCUUGGUAAAAAUGAAUACCUAGUUUUUUUUAUCGACAAUUUGUCACUGUUUUUAUUGCAGUUUUCAAAUUUUAUUGAAUUGAAAGUUGUGGACUGUUGUGGAACAUCAAACUAGCGACAAAGUUUUCCAUGUAAAAUAAUUUUUAAAAUGGAUUUAUUUUGAAAAUCAUACAUUGAGAAGCCUUUAUGGCUUUUGGAUAAAUUAGAAAAUGUCCAAUCUUACUGGGAACUACAAGAUCGGUGGUGGAGAUGUGCAGGGUGUUGAUGUCCUCCGAGAGCGUGAACAAGAGCGCAGAGCGCGCCUGCAGCUGCUCGACGAUAUCAGAGAACCUUCCCCUCAGCCCAUCUUUGGUGAGCCAGUUAAGGUUGACCUUGAAGAUGAAACUUCCCGUCGUAUUAAAAAUACCUUGGGUGAUUUUACCCAGGUUCUUGUUAAUGACCCAAAAAACUUGAUUGGAAUAUCAAGGAUAUCUUCCAGUUCCGGGCAUCAAAUGAAUGGACAUCCUUCCAAUGGCUAUUCAUCCUCUAGUUAUGCCGUCAGUGGGUAUUCUAUGUCAUCCGGUGGUCAUCAGACCGCAAGCCAUCAAACUUCUGGAUACUCGUCAAAUAAUUAUGCAGGAUCUGGAUAUGGUUCAUCUGCAUUGGGCCAUUACAAUCGGGCACCAGCUGUGAAGAAACCACCUCCUUAUGUAGUCAAUGGUGCUUGUGCACCCAAAACGUCAAUGCCAAACUAUAUCAGUCCUAAAGCUCCAGAUAAAAGGCAGGGCUAUAACAGGCCCGAGAAAACAGGUUAUUACAAACCAGAAUCACCCGCUGCUGCUCCAAAAACAUUUCACUCAUCCAAUUCGCAACCGUAUCAUGGACAAGAUAGUCGUCCAAAAGAUCAUGCAAGUUGGGAUAAAGAUCAAAGACGGACUAAUUCCUCCCAGCCUCUUGCUGUAAAUAUCAAUGUUAAUGUAGAGAGUAGUACGAAUCUCACGAUUAACAAUAUCAAUCUGAACAACAAUACCAUAUCCACUUCCGCACCCAUUUGGACCUGCGGUGCUGAUACUCCAGCUGUUCAAAUCGCUCCAUUUCACCUUCCUUCUUCUGCUACUCCGUCUGUUCCUGCUAAAAAUGCUGCUAAUUACGGACAAACCUCAACGUCCUUAUCCAGUACGCCAACAACAGCAAAAAACGAGACCCAAUCCAGUACUCCGACCAAGCGGAAUCUUAUCCGGCCAAGUUCGCUCAAAAUUCAGCCAGAAAAGAAAUCUGCCGAGGCCCCCAUUGCAGUAGAGACCAUCCUUAAGGAGAUGACGAAGGCCGUACCUCCUGCCCCCUUGACAGCUAUCCAGACCCCCAGGACGGAAGAGACUGGGUUCGCCUUUCCGACCGAUCCAACUAAUGAAGAAUCUUUCAUGAAAUUGGAAGAGCAAGUCCACCUUCUCACUCCUCUCGACGAUGAUCCGAUGCCAAAUGAUGUCCAUCAAUCUUCGCCAAAUUCUUGGUGGACAAGUCCAGAUAUUAAGCCUGAAAUGAAAUAUAGUCAAGCUGAAUGCAAAGUAACAGACUCUACUACUUAUGAAUUGUCCAAGCUUUGGAAAAAACCCAAUGAGAGUCCCGCUCCAGAAGUUGCCCCUCCAGAAAUCGUGGAAUCUCUUUCGUUAGAACCUUCGCAAAAAGUUGCCGAUUCAGAUGCAAAAUAUGGAUCAUCAUCCCUCCAAGAUGAUUUGGAGAUGAGUGACAGUGAUGAAGAAGUAGUGGUUCCAGAAGAAAAACGCAGUCCUAUACAAUACAUUAAAUCUCCUAUUCUUGAACUCCCUGAAACUAUUCCAACGAUAGCGAACACAACAAAUUCUGCAAUGGAAUCAAACUCAGCUGAAUCUUCAAAUUCUUCAAGUUCAGACAGUGGUGAAAGUGACUCAGAUGAUAGCAGCUCAGAAUCAAAUGACUCAGAUUCUUCAAGUGAAGCUUCUGAUGAAGAGAUUUCAUCGAAGAAAUGGGGAUUAUCCAAUUUUGUGGAUGAAUCGCAGAGAAUCCAUUCUCCAGCAUUUUUUAAUAAUGAUCCUGCCGCAAAAGAAUCAUUUCGUCUUCAUGCAGAACGAAUGAAAAACUUUGUCAUUGGAAAUAUAAAUCCUCUGAAUGGAGCCUCGAGUACUUCAAAUAUCUUGCCAUCUGCAGCCAUAGGUAGUGCAACAUUUUUAGUUCCUGACGUACCAGUUAGUACUAAGAGUGACUUAUUAAGUCCUAUUCCAUCUCCAGUGCAUACUGCUGUUGGCCCUAGAACUCCUCCAUCCCCAUCCUGUCCAUUAAAGGAGAGCUCUUCUGAUGUAAAUAACGAGCCUGUGACAACUGAUUUAGAAAAAUCUGAAAAUGAUAAUACAUUUGCAGUUAAUAAUAGAUCAGACGAACCUCAAGUGAGCUGUGAUUCGGUUGGAGAAAAAAUUAGUGAGCCGAUCGAAAAGUUUAAAAAGCAGUUACGCUCAGGCAAAAACAAAUCAGAUGAUUUAAGUUCCGAACAUGAAUCUUCACAUCUAGAUUCGUCUGUUGAUGAACCCAGUGAUCCGAAAGAACUCUCUGAUAGAUCUCUUGAAAGCGACAAACUAGCUACAGCACCUGACAAAAAUGCUUCUGAUUCUGUAUCUGCUGGUAAUUCUGAGUCUUCUCCCGAAAAUUAUUCGAUUAAAACUAGGCAAAGAGUUUCGGCAGCAACCUCUGCCAAAAAAACGAAAUCUACUGGGGAUAAUUCAAAUGAAAAUAAUCAAAAAACGGAUGUAGCUAUUGCGAAGCUUAAGCAUCCACGAGCAUGUAGAAAAUCAAAUGAAAAGCAAACUAAGAAAGCUUCUACUAUUACAUCUGCAAAACCAUCUGUGGAGGAGUCUAAAAAACCAUCAAAACCGGAAACAAAAGAGACACCGAGUGAGAAAGUAAAAGAGCCUUUGAAAGUAUCUGGCAAGACAAAAAAUAUUCCCAAAAUUUCAAUGAGAUCUCAAAGCAAAGUUUCAAAAUCUUCUCCAAAGCCAGCUGUUGAAACAAAGAAAACUGAUGUGAAGAAGAAAAAGAAAAAAUUCUCAAUGGAGAAUUUUCUCCAGAGUCCUGAAAAUGAAAAUGCCAGGUUAUCUAACUCAUUACCACCUUUUACUCCUAGUCCAGAACGAUCACCUAUUCCAGAUUGUCCAAAUGCAUCUGAAGCAGCAGAAGAGCCUCCGGAUUCGCCGGUUCUUCCAUCCAGAACGCCUGGUAGACCAAGCUCUAAGAAUACUGCAAAAGGUAAGAAAGUAGAGAAGUUAAGGCGUUCAGUGCGAUGCAGUGAACGUGCUUCAAUCAGUGCUCAAGCUGAUACUUCAAAUGUUUCUCAGUCAACUCCUGAAAAUACUAAAAACUCCAAAACUGUCGGGAAAGCCAAACGUAACAUUGAGAAUCUUCCUAUUUCCAUGGAACCACCAAUCGAGUUACUAUCUCCCAUUCCACAAGAUCCUCCGCUUUGUUCAAAAGCAUCGGACAGUGUCAUUCCAAGGAAAAUUAUGGUUUGCAUUCCAUUAGCUAAGAUUUUAAGACUCCCUGUGUUUCAGCAAGAUCAGGAGUCUGCGGCAAAACAGGCUGUAAAAAAUAUUUCAGCCAUAGAAGACAUAAGAACUCAGAAAAAGGAUGGUAAUGAGAAACCAUCUACAAUUGUUACUCCUAAGCAAUCUCAGACUAAAGAUUUAAGCGAGAAAGCAGCUUCCACUCCCAAAAAUACCAAGAAUGGUACUAAAACUGUUCCUUCAAACAAGAAAGCUAAGGCUUCAAAACCAGUGAAUGAAAUAUCAAAAACCAAUGCUACUACAGAUGCGAAUAAAACCAGUAUUAAAGUUAAAGACAAAACACUCAAUGAAGCUGUAGAAAAUAAGUUUUCUAAGAAAAGGAAAAAUGAUGGUGUAGAGAAACAAACUGCAAAAAAGCCAAAACUGCCCUCUCGAACAACAGAUGAAAAGAAACAGAAGGAGCAACCUUCAGCUUUAAAAUCUGAUUCAAUGGCGAAUCAACUUGAUAGUGCCAGUAAAUCUAAAGGUCUUGAAAGAUGUGAUAGCACUGGUAGCUUAAGUUCACUGUGCAGUCAACAGAGUCAAAGAAGCUCUAAAUCCUCUAAAGAAAAGAAAAAAGACUCUUCUUCAAGUACUCCUGAAUCCAAAAGAAUAAAAACAUCUAUGUCACCUCUUCUCUCUCUAAAAGAUAUUAAGCAAGAAAAGGAAGAUAAACUACCUAAGAAUCGUAAUACACUUGAUGCAAGAAUGCAGCUUGAUAAAAACAAAUCGAAAUUACGGGAUAAAGCAACUGUAAAAGAUAUGACAGGGCCCGACCAGUUUUGGGAUGACUGUUUCUCUAGUCAGUUUUGGGAUGAGCAAUAUAAAGAGGAUAUUAAAGGGAAGAUGUCUGGUUCUAGUCUGGAUAUGAUAAACAGAGAAUUAGCUGAUUGGGAGAAUUUUGCGCCUGAUAUGCACAAAGACAUAAAAGGUGCAUCUGCUUUGAAUAAACAUAACAAUCAAGCACCUAUUAUGCCAAUGGAUUAUUUUUGGACAGAAGGUAAAAAGCAGCUCUACCUAGCUGAAAAAGAAAAAGACCCAUUCCAGCAAGCUGUGAAAUAUUUCGAGGCAGUUGUACUUUUUAUUUUGACUAGUCAACAAAGAGAAGAAUAUAGCAAAGAUACAGAUUCUGUGUAUAAUAUUUAUGGUGUAACUCUAAAACUGACUGUAAAAUUGCUGCAAAAGAUUAAGAAAUUACAAUCUUGUCCUGGGAGUACUGAGUUUAAGCUGUUGAUUCUUUGUUUGAAGUCGCAGUCCCUGUUGAAUGUGAAACACUAUAAUUUAAAGAUCAAAGAAGUAAAAGAAGAACUCGAAGGUGUUAAUGAUUUCUUAAAGCACCAAUGCUCGGCAUCUUUGAAUUCGAAUCAGUCUCGAGUUGGGAAUGCUGCUGUCGUUCCUCCUCAUUCGCCAAUUCCUUCUCCAGCAAGCAGUGUUAAUUCACAAAGCAGUAAUUAUAACAGCAAUUCAGUGCCAGUUCCCCAGAGCAUACUAGACAUGAUAUGUCGCCAACACACUCAUUUGAUUAAUCUUCACAAGGGUCAUGACCUGUGGGAACAAGCUGACAUGUAUAUGACUCGAAGUAAUUUAAGAGAAUUUUUUAAGGAAGUGGCUGAUCAGUCUGAACCCCUAACGUUGCACAGCAGUAUAACAGAACUCGUGAAAUAUAUUCAGAAAGGAAUUUCACUUGUGAAAAAGAGCCUACGUUAGCAUUCCAAGAAAGAGAGGUGAAUUAAUUUUGUGAGGAAGUGAAAGAUAAUAACCAGGCAAUUCUAUUGAACUAAGGGAAUGAAUGUAGCUGUUGGUGUAAUUUUAGUUUCAAGUUUCAAUUAAAAUUUUUGGCUUUCCCGCCUCACAAAACCCUUACCAUAUGUGCAAAUGCAAAUGUAUAAAAACGAUUGAAUUGGGAUAUGGCCUGGAGUUACAAUGUAUUUAGGAAAAAGUGUGAAGUUUAUAUGUAUGUAUGUAUGUGUAUGUAUAUAUAUAUAUAUAUAAAUUAUAUAUAUAUAUAUAUAUAUAUAUAUAUAUAUAUAUGUAUGUAUGUACAUAUAAAUAAAAAUUAACAUAACAUGCAUAUUUAUAUAUAAAACAGCCCCAUGUAUAUAUUUUUGUACAUAGUUUUCAGAUACUUAUUAAAGUACUUUGUGAUCACACUAUUUCCACAUACAUGUGUGAAAGUAUGCCAAUUCGGAAUUUUUGUCGCCCAAAGCUUUGGUGUGUGAAGUGCAUAAUUGGCAAAUUGUACUAUUAUUUGCUAGUGGGCAAUUUUUUUCUCUCUGUGUAAUAUGUACUUGCAUUGUCAGACUGUGCUUAAAAACACAAAAUUUAUUUGAUGUUAUUAGUAACUAGUUAAAACUUCAAAGAAUGUAUUGCCAAGCAAUGUUAUUAGUCAUCUUGUUAUUCUGUAUGUUUUGGUAAGAAAAGCAAUGUAAAAUAUUUUUUCCUGUUUAUAAUAAUGCUUAUGGACUUGAACGCAUUGUUAAUUUUACAGUACGUGUUAAUGCAAAAUCAAAGUUUAUAGCAGUGUACAUUUUUUUUUUUUGUAGAAAUAGAGCGAUGCCAUGUUUACGUUGAUACUAUUAAAUCUUGUUUAUGAAAUUCAGAAUGUUCUGAAUUUAUAACUCUUAAGUUUUUUCCUCUGUCAUAUUUAUUUCUUAACUUUUAAGAGCAUUAUUAUUGAGUUUAAAUAUAUUUAUAUAUUUUUUAAUUGUAAUCUUUAUUAUACUUUUUAUUUUAAAAACUUGUUAUGGAGAAAUAGACCUUCAUUUAAUUUACCUUAAUGAUGAAGUUACUUCAUGUUCAUGAGUUUGAAAUUUUUAUGUAAUUUUCAGCUAAUUUAAUUUACAUGUUUGAAACUCCCUAAGUUUGUCUAACAUUGUAUUUUAUGAUAGUCUUAAAAAGUACGAAAAGUGAUAUUGAGUUACUUGAAUUUUAAUUCGAUUCCCAUUCCAUGUUUUGUUGCUCUUUUGUUAGUUUUUCCAUGUUUAUUGUAAAUAAGAAAAACAUUUCAUAGAAUAUCACUUGAACAAGGAUUUUAAAGACUUUAAUAAUAAUAAUUAUUAUUUUUGAAAUGAAAAAUAUCAGCACAAUGAAAAUAUUUUACGAAAUUUGCUAAAGCAUAUUGUAUAAGAAAACCUUGUUUAUCUUCUAAGAACUCAUGCCAGAAAAUCUAAAUGGUAAAACUAGUUACAUUUAGUUUUACCUGAAUGUGGUCAGAAUUAAAAUCAAAAUAAAUAAAAAUAUAUCUUUGUAUGUAUUGUCUGGUGUAUGUCUGAGCUGCUGAUUUAUCUACAAAAAUUAGUAGUUUUUAAGAUACAUUAAUUACUUUAUUCAUUUAUAUCUGUGAUUAAUUAUUUUUUAAAUAUUGCCAUGUCUUUUCAGUAUAAAAAUCAACAAUUUCUUAGGGAUUAGGUUUAAAAAUUUUCAUAACUAUUAUUUGUGCAAAUUUAUAUUAUUGAUUUUUUAAAUUUUAAUUAUCUGUAAAGACUGAAAGCAAAAAUACCUUAUCUUACUAUGUAUUGAUUGUUUUGAGUGAAAAAAAUUUUAUGCAUGUGUAGUUGAUAGGUUUCUAUUUAUUAAUAAGAGUAUAUAUUUUUAAAUCCUGUAUUAUGUUUGACUGUUGAUUGAUGAUCUGGUUUGCUUAUUAUCACGCUUGUUGUAACUCACUUUAAAUGAUACUCAAGCUGCAUGAAUUAGCUUGUAAAUAUGGUUGUAUUUAAAGGCAGCUACAGAUGUAGCAAAAUUUGUUUGUAAAAUUAUUUAUUGAAUAUACUUGUAAUUUUUAUGAUAAAUUUUGGAUUUUUUAAAGCAUUUUUUUUUCUUUAUUUGUAUCUACUGAAUCAAAAUGUAAACUUAAAAUUUUUGUGUUGUCAUCUGUCAAAAAUUGGCUAGAAAAUUAUGACAGAAUGUAAUGUUUUUAUUGAAAUCUAAUAUAUAUAUUAAACGCGAUUUAUAUUUAUUUGAAAAAAAUCGUCUUGCAUUUGCUUCUAAAUUAUUUUUCUUUUUGUAUGCAAUUAAAUCAGGUUUCUUAAGUUAUCAAAUCUUUUCUUUCAAUGAGAUCUCUUACUGUAUUUAAUAUAUUUUAAAUUUGGAAUGAAAGAAAUCAUUUUUGAAAAAGUGGUGCACUGAUUAAAAUCAGAACCACUAUAUUUAUUUAUUAUUAAGAAUAAUGGUCUAGUUUCAUAUUUCUACAUGAAACUAUUUUCAACCCGAAUAUCAACAAAUUAAACCACCUAAAAUAUGUAUAGAUUAAUAUCAUGUAGAUGUGUUUAGAAACAGGAUUAUAUUGCUAUGUUUUAUGCUUUAAUAAUAUCAAAACUUUUGUAAGCUGUCAUUUAAUUAGUCCCAAACUCUUGAUCACAAUUUUUACGAACAUAAUUAUUUAUUUAUGGAUGACUUCGUUUUUUUUAUGCAUGCCUUUUUACAAAUCAAAAAUGCCGAUCCUAAUUUUUGUUGAAUAAAAGUCACUUUUAAAUUUCGAAAAUUAGUUUUCUUAAGUAAUUACUAGAAUAAAAUUUUGUAUCAUAUUUGUGUAUUUUUUUAAUAUGCUAUCAGCUUAGAAUAGCGUUUACAAAGAACAAAUAAAUGUGUUGAUUUGACAGCUAUAAAAAGUUCUGUCGAUAUGCUUUCUUUUAAUGCAAUCUGCUUGUCAUUUAUAAUACUGAAAGUUGUUGAAUGUCAUUGUAGUCAUUUUGUUUUUAUUAUUAUUAAACGAGUUUUGUUUAGUUUGUAACUUUGUGUGCAAUGAAAAUUUAUAAUUUUAAACUAUUGAAUUGAACUGUCCAACGGAAACUCAGUUUUUCAAAUGGGGCUUUGUAAAUUAUGGAUAUAAAGUGAGUGUUGCUACCAUAGACAUUUACAUUCAGACUUUUGUACUUGCAUUUCGAAGAUAUUUCUUUCCUCACAGAAUUUUCUUCUAAUUUUCUUUUUAUUUCAGAAUGAUUUUUUCCACUUCAUUGUGAAAAAUGUCUUUAAUAGUAAAGUAUUGGUGCUCUUCUAUAUGUUUUUUGUGCUUUGAUGCAUAUAUUGAAGUAUAGUUUAAAAAAAUUUUGUAUUUGUAAUUUUUUUUUUUUUUCAGAAAUACAACUUAAUUCUGUUCAUUGAUAUAUAGCUAAAAUGUAUAGAUUUUUUAGAGAUGUUAGUAAAUUAUAAUUUAAACUGAAGUUCUUGUUUCCGAAAACUUCGUUAUUUUAUGCUUUGAGCAUUCAUUGAGUGAUACUUUCUAAAUACUACUUGUAAAUAUAUUUUUCAUUCCAUAUUAUUUGUUUCAUGAUAAUUUGACUUAUUUCGGGAUUGGCUUGUAGAAUAGACAUAUUCUUGUUGACGUGGGUUGUAGUACUUUACAUGGUUUUACUAUUUUGAGAUCUUUUGUUUAACUUAGCAACCCUCCCCCCCCCUUAGAUAAGUGAAUUUAUCUAUCAAAAUUUAAAAAAGUAAAUAUAAAAAGACUAGUUUGAAUCUUUAAAUUUAUAAUUUUUACUGCCUCUCUCUUGUGUCAAUCAAAUUACAAAAAUUCCAUCAAAUCUUAUGACAAAUGAUAUGCAUUAAAAUUUUCGAAAAAUGUUUAACACAAGCUUCAUAUAUCAAUCAAGGCUUCCGAAUAUUUUUGAAUUUUCCUCUUAUUUUACAGUUAAGUGGACUAACUAUCGAUCGAGAAACAACUAGCAGUGGGGUAUUUUUGAAUAUAUUAAAUUUGAUGCCUGUAGAGUGUGUUAAAAAUGUUCUUUUUUUUUUCUGUCGAUAAAAAAAAUUGGCCUGGUAAGAUUGAAAAGUGUCCACAUUAAUUUGGAAAAAAUUGAUGAAUCGUGUACUCCUCUCCCCAGUAGUGUCUUCCAAAAGAAUUCAUUCCUUAUCCUGAUCUUAAGUUUUUAUCUUAUAUAAAUUUCAAAUAAUUUAAUUAUGCUCAUUGAUACAUAUUUUUUUAAAUUGUAAUUUACUUAACCUCAUGCAUUAAUAUGUUUUGUUGCUAAAUUAAAAUUUUGAUAUGUAUAAUAAUGUAGUAAGAUGAAAAAUUAUCUUAUAAAUUAAAUGUGAGAUGUUGGUAAAAAGGAUGCAAAUAUUUUUUUACAUAUUUUAUUCAUUGGAAUGAAAUCAAUUUUUGAAACUGUCUCUUUUUAAAAAUUCCGUUAUUUAUGCUUUGCUGAAAAAUUCCCAUCUUAGUUGUUGUUAAAAUAUAUAUUUUGAAAAAACAUUUAUUUUACAGUAGUUUUGUUACUUUUCUUUAAUCGGCAUAUUUUGCAUUGGUACCUAUAAAUUUAUCACAUCCUUUUUUCCUUAAUCCACUUGUCUAUUUUUUGAAAUUUAUGAUUUAAUUUCUCUUAUUUUUUUUAAUGUUAAGUAUUCUUGCUUUGAAUAAUUCUAUUUUAAAAUUAUAUUUUGUGUGAAAAAUUAAUACGUAAUUUAUAAAGUGUAAAGAGUGUACCUAGGAAUGGCUUUUUUCAAAAGAUUAGCUCCUUCGAAGUAUUUUUUAAGAAAUAGCAUAAAACGUUAUUAUAUUUAAAAUAAUUUAUCUAUAUUCGAAUUUUCUUAAUGGCAUGCCCAGUAAAGAAAUCAAAUUAAUCUAGAAACUAUAAUAAUUUGCGAUAGACUUAUUAUGUAAUUGUAUUGUUCAUAUUAUUUUAGAUAUUAAUAAUGAGUCAUCAUAUUCGAUAUGAUUUUAGAAGAGCAUAUAUUUUUUGUUUGAAAAAUUCAGUUUUCAAUGCUGACAAUGUAACUAUAAAGACUAAAUGUGGUAUAUUUUCUAUCGACAGUAAUAUAUUAGACUUUAGCAGUGGUAUUUCAGCGUGAUAGUGCCUGUUAGAUGUAUUUCUGCUUUAAUAAUAGUAGCUUUCAGCACCUUAAAUAAUCGCUGUUAAUUUAUUAGUUUCAAAAUGUGCACUUAAGUUCAAGUAUAUGCGAUUUUUGCGACUGUAUUUGGCAUCUCUGUAUUGUAACUGUGACUUUUAUAUUCAUAACUAAUAUUUACAAAAUUGUUUCUUCUAAUUAGUGCUGUAUUUUUAUGUAAUUUUUUAAAGAAAAGGCAUAAUUUGUGCUUUUCUAUUAAAUGCAUAUUCCUUGUUUUUUUCUUUUAAUAUUAAAAAGUUUCUUAAUACAAAGCUACACUAUGGAUGCGGUUUCUUUUAACUGAAAUAAUAAUAUGUCUGUGGUUCAAAUUUUUAAAGUGGGAAUUAUUUGUGCUUUUCUGUAAGACAUUAAAUGCAUCUUCCCUUAUUUUUCAUUACUAUAAAAAAAUCUUGAAUACAAAGCUAUGCAAUUUAAGUGAUUUCUCUUAACUGAAAUAAUAUAUAUCUGUAGUUCAAAUUAUUAAAAGAGAAUAAUUUGUGCCUUUCCAUAAGACAUUGAAUGCAUAUUCUCCUAUUUUUCUUUACUGUUAAAACGCUUCAGUACAAAGCUAUGCAAUUUAAGUGAAAUAAUGUCUGUGAUUAAAAUUAUUAAAAAGGGCAUAAUUUAUGCUUUUCUAUAAGGCAAUGAAUAAACGAAUGCGUAUUCCCGCCUUUUUCUUUAAUAUUAAUAGGUUUCAACUCAAAGCUAUGCAAUUUAAAUGAUUCCUCUUAACUGAAACAGUAAUACGUUUCAAUUAUUAAAAGUGGAAUAAUUUGUGCUUUUCUAUAAGACAUUAAAUGCAUAUACCCAUAUUUUUCUACCUAUUAAAAAGCUUCAGUACAAUGCAAUGGAAGCAUCCUCUUAUUUGAAACAGUAAUAUGACUGUGCUUCGAAUUAUUAAAAAGGGCAUAAUUUAGGCUUUUCUAUAAGGAAAUGAAUGCAUAUUCCGUAUUUUUCUUUACUAUUAAAACGCUUCAGUACAAAGCUAUGCAAUUUAAAUGAUUCCUUUUAACUGAAAUAAUGUCUGUGAUUCGAAUUAUUAAAAAGAGCAUAAUUUAUACUUUUCUAUAAGACAGGGAAUGCAUUUUCCCGAAUUUUUCUUUAAUUUUAAAAGGUUUCAACUGAAAGCUACGCAAAUUGAGCAAUUUCUCUUAAAUGAAAAGUUACAUGUCUGUGAUUCUAAUUAUAAAGGUAACUCAUUUUAAUGAGUUCUUUUUGCAGAUGAAACGUUUAUUUUCUAAUUAUAAUUAAAAAAAAUGUAGAUAAAAUAAGUUUUUUUUUCUGAUCAUUCUUUAAGCAUAAUAUUAAAUUUUAUUGGCAUGCAGAAUAUAGCUGCGAUAUUCAUUUCUAGAAGGUCUGUUGUGCAAAAAAAAAAUGUGCCAAUAACUUCUAUUAUUGAGAGCUUACUGAAAUUUCUGAACAUUUUUGACUAGAGAAAAUUCAAAAUUUGUAUGCAACAAAAGUUUUACAACCAAAAUGAAGACAACUAUUUGAUCUAAAGCUUAUCUGUGUUUAGUGGAUAUAUAUUUCUUCAAAUGCAGUAACAUUAAAAGCUGCUCGUAUAGUUAAUGGAUACUCUGCUCGCAAGUUUUAAUUUUAAUGCUUUGGUAGACACUGCACAGCAUUCUUACAUCAUGGCUGUGAAUAGCAUAUUUUGAUUAUUACUUAAAUCAUAUACACACUUUCUCACACACACAUACACACACCCAAACAAACAAAAAAAACCCUUUUAUCUGCACCAUUAAAAAAAAUGCUUAACACGUUGGUUGUCAUUUGACACUUGAUUCACACCCACUGUCUAAUUAAAUGACCAUUUCUCUACUAUACUUAAAGGUUAGCUAAGGGGUCAUCUAAUUAAUUAGAUGAUUCGAAUUAUAGACGUAAGCCAUGGCAACAGACGUGUUAAUAUCCAAAGAAUGGUAUUGAUUUAAUGUUUGUGAUGACACUUUUUUAUAAAUGCUCUUAAUUUUGUAAUUUUUUCAAUCAUUAGUUUCGUUUGCUUUGAUAUUUUUAAGUUAUAAUAAAUCUCUUUAGUAUCCUUUAUUAUAUAUGAAUACCUCUGGCCUUACAAGUAAAUGUAUUUUUAUGAACAUCUUUUAAAAAAAUAAAACUUUUUCAAGGAAAGUUUAGGACUUGUGGACCAGUAGAAAUAUUAGUUUUAAAGCAACUUUUAAUCAACUUUUCUUUAUCCCAUUCAGAAGUAUUUUUUUUUAAAUAUAUAGUUAGGAUUGUAAAUGGGUUUCAUUGAACAUUGUUUUUUUCUUGAUUCGUUUGCACAACUUUGAAUUUUUAAAAUGUUUUGCAGAUAGCAUUUUUUUUUUUUUUUUGUUCAAAUUAUUCGUUGUGACAGUGUUACAUGUUGGAGUUUUUUCCCAUUGACAUUAUUCCAUAGAAGGGAAAAAAAAUCGUAUUUUUCAUAAUUUAAGUAAUUUAUCCAUCUUAACUUAUUAAUGUCUAAAUAUUUGCACAACAAUGCAUUGAAGCUCACUUUGAUAUUCAUAUCCUAUGAUAUUCGAAGCACAAUGUAAAACUAUUAUGUUCCUAUUAUUUCAAUAGAUUUUCCUCCUUUUUUUUUUCAGCCCUAAAGUGAGUUUCUUUGUAUUUGUGUAUUAUAAAUUGUGAAAGCUCUUUUUUCUUCCAAAUUUUAUUUUCUCGUAUGAAUAUGCACUUUUAAAAGAGGCACCAAAGUAAAAAAUAUCAUGUGAAAAUACAUAUUUUCUAACAUUUCAUAUCAAUGGGGCCAGUAUCACUGUUUAUUACGUAAAUUUUGAAAGGUUGGAACGAUUAAAGAAAUAGUCAAUAUUUGAUAUAAAACUUUGUAAUAAUUUUCCUUGUUAGAAAUAUAAAAUCUUAUAAUGGGAUUAGGUGUAACAAUCCAUCAGUGUAUUGUUUCCUUAUUAUUGAAUGUGUCUCUAUUACAAAAUUUCCAAGCUGUUGUCAUCUUAAGCUUGAAGGCAUUUUGUGUUGAAUUUGAUUUAUACAUAUAAUACUCUUUAUACAUGUAUUUCACAAAAACAUGAUCUUUUAGUCGAACAUCUGUUAGUCCUUUUUUUUUCAACUGCCCAUUUAUGUAAAAAAUGAUUUGUAUAUAUAAAGUUUAUGAAUUUAA